AUGGGCAUAGCCAUGGUGGAGUUGGUGGAGCCAUUCACGCUGAAGGGACAACGCAUCUUCACGCCCUUUGAGUUUCCAAGCUGCUCCUUUACUGACCUGGAGCACGAAGGCAGUAACAUCGGUCGUGCCCUGAAAGGACCAAUCCGGCGGUGCAGCAUGACCAGAGGAUCGGACUGCACCGUGAAGCUGAGGCCUGUGAUGGUGUACGGGCAGUUGGUGUGCUUGCCCUCUGUCAUUACAAGCAAGGUGGGGCUGCCUUGGUCUGAGGGCCCCCUUGAUUACCGGGGCAAAGGUAGACCGGCGUGGAGAAACCACAUCACUGUGGGCGGAAUCAACCCCUACAACGAGCACCUGAUCAUCACUACUGCCAGAUGA